CUCGGAGAAGAUCGGACGCUCACGUAGCGUGCGGAUAAGUCGUGACUUGUUGCGAUAUUUCGAAAUAUCGCAAAAAUUUUAAACAAACAAUGGAUGGGUUAUAAAAAGCAAUGAACUAAUUGGUUACAAUCAAUCUGUUCGGAGCGAAACAAUGACUGAAAUGAAACGACUCAAUGUGCAUGAAUCGGGAUAGUUUACUUAAAAUAAAUGUAGGUAGAGAAAAAUAAAUGAACCGUUCCGAGUAACAAAUGAAUGCGCGAGUGCUCGCGGACAGAAAAUGUACUGUUUCGGGUGAUGUGUGAAUAGUUGAUGUGGACGGAAUGAGAGGCGAGAGAUCUUGUUUUUGGUCCAUGCUGCAGGCUUUUGCACUACUGCCCACAAUGGCAUUCAAGGAUUCACAAACAACAAAAAAAAUAUUUGAAGAACCAGCCUUUGAACGUCCUAUCGGCAAUCAUACGUUUUUCUUAGGACGAGAAGCUGUUUUAGGCUGCGCUGUGACAAACCUUGGGAAACACAAAGUGGGAUGGCUUCGUGCAGAGGAUCAAACGGUUUUAACAAUGCAUGAACGGGCUGUCCUUGGCUCGAGGUAUGCGGUUAGUCUUGACGCUCCACGCACGUGGCAACUUCGAAUAAGACCUUUAAGAGCUGAGGAUAGAGGCUGUUACAUGUGUCAGAUAAAUACGCAGCCAACCAUGACCUGGCAGAUUGGCUGCAUCGAUGUUUUUGUACCACCAGACAUAGUCAGUGACGAUACAUCGGGGGACGUGUCAGUUCAGGAGUUGGAAAACGCGACCCUGACCUGCAAGGCUACCGGCCACCCGCCCCCAAAGAUAACCUGGAGAAGAGAGGAUCACGAGCCGAUACUGUUAAAAAAACCAUCAUCCAGAGAUUUUGAUAAAGUUGAAAGUUUCGUGGGUAGUUCGAUGCCGCUGUGGCGUGUUGACAGACGUCAGAUGGGUGCAUUCCUUUGCAUCGCCUCUAAUGACGUUCCACCAGCAGUCAGCAAACGGAUCACGCUUAACGUUAAUUUCGCCCCUACAGUAAAAGUGCCAAAUCAAUUGCUGGGCGCCCCUCUCGGGACCGACGUGAAACUCAAGUGCUACGUGGAAGCCUACCCUAAUACCAUUAAUUAUUGGAUUAAGAACAGGGGAGAGAUGCUACUGGAUGGGCCAAAGUACACAAUCCGUGAAGAGAAGACGUCGUACAAAGUGUCUAUGUGGCUGACUAUUAGACAGUUCUCGAAGAGUGACAUCGGGACUUACAACUGCGUUAGCACCAACUCGUUAGGGAAGAGCGAAGGAACUUUAAGGCUUUAUGAAAUUAAAUUGAACUCAUACUCAGAAGAUUUCAGCAAUCAAAUAAGCGUCGCUGGAGGUCUUACAGAAGCUGCCAAAGGAAAUUCUGAUAACAAAUUGCGAUCUGAAGUAACAUUCCUCGUAGUAUUAUUUUUAGUGUAUCUAUUGAAGUUGACGUAGGUCUCGUAAAUAAGGUGUUACGACAUUUGCUUAAACGAUAAUUCAACUACGUGUUCGCGUUUGACUCUUGUAAAUAUAUGUAAGUAUUAUUUAUUGUACAAUACAUAACAACGAUGCCGUGAUUACGUAAUUACGAUUCACAUUCGACACGAAGAAUGUCUCUGAUAAAUUGAAGAAUAAUAUGUAUAGUCACAUUAAAGGUAAUUUAUAAUUAUCUAGAUCUUAUUUUACAUUUUGCAUUUAGACAAUAGGACUUAUUAUUGUGGAUGCGAAUUCAUUGUAAGCCGAUUUCAACAUACCUUUACCAUAUAACGUUAGUCAUUUGUUAUCAGAUGUAUCGUUUUAAUGCAUUUAGCUUAUAAUAUGUAAAUAAAGUAAAAUUAUUUUGCUGAAUAGUCAAAUAAUAGAGAUAUUUGAAAAUGAUUAAUGUUAAGAAUUAUACGAUAUCAUCGAUAGACGCUAAUAUGUUAAAUAAUAAUAUAUAGUUUCGUUUUCACAAUCUUGUUUCAUUGUAUAAAUCUUUAUUAUUUUCACAUAUAUGAAGCGGUUUCAAUGUGAUCUGUCUAAACGCCUAUCGCUCUUGUAACCAAAUUUUUGCUUAUAUUCGCCAAAUUGUAAUAUUGUUUACAUUCCAUUGUAAACUCAUCGCUCGAUUAUAAGACUGUUUACAACAAAUAAAUUGAAAUAAUAAUU